AUGAAGGAGAAGGCAAUAGUUUCGUCUCUGAUAUUUGCGGAGACCAUGCUCUUCUGCUAUGCUCCAAAAAUUGUCACAACUCUCUCAAAAUAUCGCAAUGAAUGGCUCAAUGUUGAAACUAUAAACAAUGCUACAAGUGGAGCCCUGUUAGCACUCGCCAUAACACAUUUACUUCCGGAAGGUUUCCAAUCUCGCAAUGAGAAACUAACACUCUGGGGGGUUGAUAUGCGUGGAUUUGUAAUAAUAUCCCCGAUACUAUUGUUGGUGACAAUAGACUUCCUUGCUGGUCAUCACUGCGGUCACCACCAAGCAGCUGAGAAUUGUAACACAAAUGCAGUCGACGAUAAGAGUCAAAGCCCAACGCUAUCGGACGUUGAAAAUUCAGACAUGAAGGACUACUACCAGCCCAAACAAAGGAGAAUGAUGAAGGUUGUAUUUUCAAAGGUUAAGCACCUGUUUUCAUCUAGAUCCCUUUAUCUACUCCUGUCCUUUUACGCUCAUUCUAUACUGGAAGGAUCUCUAAUAGGAUGUGAAACUGGUUCAACAAUGUGGGCUAUGGCAUUUGGAAUCUUAGCUCACAAAUGGGCGGAGUGUCUGCUGCUCACAAGUACCAUCACAAACUUGAUGAAAUCGGAGAUUUGUGAAAACCUUUGUAUUAUAGUAUUCGCGCUUUGCGUUCCAAUUGGGAUCUUAGUUGGUCACUAUGCUAUUCCAAGUCAGGAAAAUACUUGUUUCGUUGUAUUCUCUCUUUUGGCUGUGGGCUUUUUCAUAUACUUAGCAUUCGAGCUAUUUACCGCAAAUACCGGCCAAAAGGCACGUUCACGUAUCAUUUUGUGGAUAUUUUUUGUAUCUGGAGCAGUUUUAAUGUCUCUAAUUUUGUUCCUCUCAUCAGUUCUUGAGGGGUAA